GAGCGCGUGUUUCUUUCGUCGAAGAGAGGAAGAGGCGGAGGCGGUCCGGCUUCCACCGGAAGUGUUGCUGGCGGGCCCCGGUUGCUAGGGCAACGGUGAGCUUAAGCGGGAUCCUGCUGCUGGAGGAGGAGAGGAGGCCGCUGCCGCCGCCUCGGCGGAGGGAAGGGGAAGAAGAUGGCGAUGGCACGGAGGGGUGGUCGGUCACAGCUGACGGCAGCACAGCAGCUGGAGCAGAAGCAGCACGAGGCCUACUUCCAGGAAAUGAGGGAGUUGGAGCAUCAGAAGAAGGUGCAGCGGGUCCGACAGCUAGAGGUGAUGUGGGAGGCCGAAGACCGUGUUGAGCAGAAGCGUGUCACCCGGCUGCUGAAGGAGGAGGAGCAUGAGCAGCGCAUGGAAGCAGCUAUCCAGAGGGCAGAAGAGAAUAAAAGGUUGAAGGCGCUGGAACUGCAACAGGAAGAAAAACUGGCUGCUGAGUUAGCAAAAUUAAACCAUGACAAACUUAAAGAUGAAAAGAUGAGACAGCAAAUAAGAGAGAACAGUAUUGACCUGCGGGAGCUGGAGAGAAAGCUGAAAUCUGCUUACAUGAAUAAAGCGAGGGCUGCCCAGAUGGUGGAGAAAGAAGCACUGAAACACGAAAAAAUGAAGGAAGAUGCAGAGGUAUACAAAGCAAUGAAGGAAGAGCAAGAAAGAGCCGAAGAGGCGGAGAAGGCUGCAGAGGCAAGGCGGAAUCAGGAAAAGCUGCUUUAUCAGCAAGAACUGGAAAGACAAGUUGAGGACCGAGAGAGGCGGAAACAGGCUGCCUACGAGGAGUUCCUCCGAGAAAAGCUCUUGAUUGAUGAAAUUGUGAGGAAAAUCUAUGAUGAAGAUGAAAGAGCAAGACAAGAAAGACUGGAGAAAAUGAGAACAACUCAGAGGUUCAUAGAAGAAUUUAAGAAGGAUCAAGCUAUAAGGAAGAAAAGGCAGCGUGAGGAGAUGGAGGAGGAAAACAGAAAACUCGUGGAAUUUGCCAACAUGUGGCAGGAAAGAGAAGAUAACAGGAUGGCAAAAGUCCAGGAGAGUGAGGAGCAGAAGCAGAAGCUCCAGCAAAGGCUUGCGGAGGCUCUGGGAAGGGAGCAGCAGGAGCGGGAAGAACUCGAGCUAAUCCGAGCAGAGCUCUAUUUUGAAGAGCAAGUAGAGGCCGACCGGAAGAAGGAGAUGGAAGAGAUGGAGAAGAAAAUUAGGCACCGCUUAGAGUUGCGCAAAUCGUAUGAUGAACAGUUGGCCAUGAGGGAAGUGAUGCUGCAAGCGAUGAGGGAGGAGGAGGCGGCCUUCCGCCAAUCCACGCUAGCCAAGUUUGCUGAGGAUGACCGUAUUGAGCAGAUGAAUGCUCAGAAGCGAAGGAUGAGACAGCUGGAGCACAAGAAAGCAGUUGAGAAGCUUAUUGCAGACCGGCGGAAACAGUUCAUUGCAGACAAGGAACGUGAACUUGAAGAAAGACAGAUUGAAGAAAAAAGAAAAGGCAUAAUUAAUGACAUAAUUGAGGAAGAGCGCCAGAAGCUACUUAAAGAACAUGCAGUUAAACUAUUGGGGUAUCUUCCCAGAGGAAUUCUUAAAGAUGAGCAAGAUGUUGACAUGCUUGGAGAACAGUUCCGGCAAGCUUAUCAGAAGAGGAAAGGGGAUGGCCAGGGAGAAGACAACUGAGACUUGAGUUUUCUUCAGGACGUACAGCAAGGAGUCACUGGACUCAUUGAUACAGGCUGCGGUGUGCUUGCUACUAAGCAAUUUGUGCCCCUAAAUAAUUCCACAUGUAUUUCAACUGCCUUGAUUUGUAUAGUGAUAAAUUAUUUCUGCAACAGUA